CGUCCUGUCACGCCUCGCUGCGCGCUCCCCCACGCCAUCCAUCCGGGACGGGAGUGUGUGUCGGGUGUAAACACCGGGGCGGUUAGCUAAUGGAAGGCCACGGAUGCUGGUAGACAUCCAGCAGUGAGCGCUUCUCUGACCAGAGGACUGUGUGUCUGGUUGUUGAUGGAAGCGGAUGGUUUUGUGCGGAGGCGGCGGAUGAGCGCGGAGACGCCGGGUGGGGACGCCGCUGUGGCCGGCGCUUCUGCGGGCGCAGAAAUCCGUUGGCUCGGCGGCAGACUGUGGGGUGUUUCGGAGGGUAUCGUUGGGAGUCUGGCGCCGCGGAUUGGAGGAGAGGCUGAGCUCAGCGCGGCGCAGUACUAUGGGCCUCAAGAAGUGUCAGAAACAGCCGAGCCAGACUAUGAAGAGCUGCCUCAGGGCGCCUCCACCAGCACUUACAUGUUGGCCGGAGCGGUGGCCGGCAUUAUGGAGCACUGCCUCAUGUUCCCCAUUGACUGUGUCAAGACUCGUAUGCAGAGUUUACAGCCUGAUCCAGCUGCCCGCUACCGUAAUGUGAUGGAUGCUCUGUGGCGCAUUGUGAGAACAGAGGGUAUCUGGAGGCCGAUCCGAGGCCUGAAUGCCACGGCUGUAGGAGCAGGACCGGCUCAUGCACUCUACUUUGCCUGUUACGAGAAGCUAAAAAAGACCCUCGGCGAUGUUAUUCACCCAGGAGCCAACAGUCAUUUGGCGAAUGGAGCUGCAGGAUGUGUGGCCACUCUGCUUCACGAUGCUGCCAUGAACCCGGCUGAAGUGGUGAAGCAGAGGAUGCAGAUGUAUAACUCGCCCUACCGUGGCGUGUUGGACUGUGUGCGCUGCGUGUGGCAGCGGGAGGGUGCGGGGGCGUUCUAUCGCAGCUACACCACGCAGCUCACCAUGAAUGUGCCCUUUCAGGCACUGCACUUCAUCACCUACGAGUACCUGCAAGAGCUGCUGAACCCCCACAGACAAUACAACCCCUCCUCACACAUGGUGUCCGGCGCCCUGGCCGGCGCCAUCGCCGCCGCGGCCACCACCCCGCUGGACGUUUGCAAGACGCUGCUGAACACCCAGGAGUCUCUGGCCCUACACUCGGUCAGUCAGAGCGGAGGACACAUCUCAGGCUUGGCCCAUGCCUUCAGGACAGUGUACAGGUUGGGCGGCCUGCCGGCUUACUUCAAAGGCGUGCAAGCGCGGAUCAUCUACCAGAUGCCCUCCACCGCCAUCAGCUGGUCCGUCUACGAGUUCUUCAAGUACGUCAUCACCAAGCACCAGCACGAGCGGUGGAGGAGCCAGAGGGAUGGAGAGAAGUAGCCGCUUGCACGCUAUUUAGUCCAGCCUUUCUCUCAGCAGCUCGCCUUCUGUCUCUGUCUCUUUCUCCUGCCUACAAUCUCCUGCUUGUUGCACCAACGACCAGCGUGUUGCAUUACGCUGCAGAGAAACUGGCCGGCUGGACUGAACCUGAAUUAAAGAUACGCACAUAGAGAAUCCUCUCUCACAUUUCUGUUUACCUCCUAUAAGAGCAAUUUAAUAACACCUAGGGCUUCAUGUGUGAUUCAUGAACCAGACACACUAUGAUGGGUCUACUAUGUUACAGUCUAAACAGUGUAGUCAAGUCAUGGCGAGUUGCACUUACAUUUCAAGAAACCCAAAUAUGUGACUACUUCUGUUGCCACUAGGGGGCAUCAGAAGCCACUUCUUUUAAAAUGAAUAACUAGAAAGACGCUAAUGAAGUGGAGCUAUCCAUUAUAAUAAAACCUUGGUGUAGUGGAAAACUCAUAAGCUGGGGAAUUUAGCAUAGUGUUUCACAUCAGAAUUUGUUUCAAAUGUUGCCCAAACGUCUACAUAGAAAGAUGCAGAUUUGCUAAAACCAGGAAUUAGUUUUAUUCAGAAUGAAAGCAGUUGAAAAUGUUAAAUCACGAUCUAAAUAACUUAUUGCAAACUUUAUUCAAAUGGUCAAAGGACUUGUCAAAUGUAUUUUUGUACAAUCUCUUUAAUUAAGCUGAGUUAACUGUAUUUGAUCCAAAGCGUGCUCUGACAGAAACCUGGGCUCCACAAAUUGCCAUCAUCAGUAUUGAAUUGGGUUUAAAACUCUAAAGGAAAAAACAAACAUGACUAAAAGCAGCUAAAAGAAAGCCCUUACCUUCUAUAUGAAAAAAGGCAGAUUUAAAUCAGUUUUAAAUCAGUAGUUUUAGGCACAAGAAAACUGUUACAAAUAAAUAUAUAAAUAUAUUUUUUCUCAGUCUAUUCUUUCUUGCACUGUUCACACUAGUGGCCAAUCAGAAGCCGUAAAUUAAUUUAAUGUAGCCUACAGUUCCCAUAGGCUGAAAGGUAAUGGGAAGAAAUAUUUAAUGGGCUCUCUGUCAAACGUUGUAGUUGGUUUUUGGCUGAAGUACGUUGAUCUGGAUAUGGCCCUCCUGUUGCUUGGCUUGACUACAUCUGAAUGUUACGAAUUUAUGAAAUCAGUCCCUUUGACAUCUGUCUACCUUGUUCCCUUAUUUCUCAUCUUCAAUAAAGUAGCAGUGCAGUGACCUGCCUGCAUAAGCUGGA